CUCAGUCUAGGUUUCUUGUAGGUCUCCUGUGGAUGAUGGCCGGCACUGAUGAUUCUAAUAACAAUUGGGUGGAUCCAAGACAAGUUGAUCCACUAGUGGUUGGGAAAGUGAUAGGAGAUGUAGUUGACAUGUUUGUACCGAGAUUAAACAUAUCUGUUUGUUACGGCUCUAAGCAUCUCACUAUUGGUUGCGAAAUUAAGCCUUCCGUUGCUGUUGAUCCUCCUAAAGUUCAGAUUUCUGGUUCUCCUCAACAUCUCUAUACGCUGGUGAUGGUAGAUCCUGAUGCCCCUAGCCCAAGCGAACCCACCAUGCGAGAGUAUAUUCACUGGAUUGUAGUGGAUGUUCCAGGUGGUACAAGCCCAUCCGAAGGGAAAGAGGUAGUAAGAUACAUGGGGCCAAAACCACCAGUGGGGAUGCAUAGGUAUGUGAUGGUGGUGUUCAUGCAGAAGGGCGAGCUUAAAAUGGUUGUGGAGGAACCUGCGUCCCGCGCACACUUUAACACUGGGAACUUUGCUCAACAGUAUGAUCUUGGAAUACCUGUCUCGGCUUUCUACUUCAACUCUCAGAAAGAAUGACCUGCCACUGCGGGCCAUUAGCUAGUGAAUAAGUAAGCUUAAGUAGUUUAAUGUAAAUACCUUGCUUGUUAUGUAAGUGGGAGCUAUUUUGCCAGAUCCUUGGUUGCCCUUGAAAUAAUGUGUGUAGAACUCAUUCCUUGGUUUGAAAAUAGUGUUUAGAACUUGUGUUUUA